CCGUGACGUAACGCCGGAGCGCCUGGCAACCAGGACCGGGUGAUUCAUUCUAAAGUUGGACUGAUAGCUUUGCUUAGUUUCCCAAAAUAAAAAUGUCUAUAACGUGGAUAAACGUGAACGACUCUGUUUUGAAGUAAUACGUUUGUUUGCAUUACAUAAUUAUCCGACCAUGAAGUUGCUCCAUAAAGAUAUUGAGAAAGAUUAUGCCGGUCAGGUGACUCUGGUGCCAGAGGAGGCGGAGGAUAUGUGGCACACCUACAACCUGCUCCAGGUGGGCGACAGCCUGAGAGCCUCAACCAUCAGAAAAGUGACGACAGAGUCUACAACCGGAAGUGUGGGCAGCUCCAGAGUACGGUGUACUCUGACAUUAUCCAUAGAGGCUAUCGACUUUGACUCCCAGGCCUGCCAGCUGAGAGUAAAAGGCACGAACCUCGAGGAGAACCAGUAUGUCAAGAUGGGGGCUUACCACACUAUUGAGCUUGAGCUCAACAGGAAGUUCACUCUCGCUAAAAAGAACUGGGACAGUGUCGUGCUGGACAGAAUUGAGCAAGCGUGUGAUCCAGCACAGAAGGCAGAUGUGGCAGCUGUGGUCAUGCAGGAAGGUCUGGCCAACCUGGUUCUGGUGACGCCCGCCAUGACUCUGCUCCGUGCCAAAGUGGAAGUCACCAUUCCUCGCAAGAGAAGAGGAAGCUGCACUCAACACGAGAAGGCGCUGGAGAGGUUCUACGAGGCCGUGAUGCAGGCAAUUCUCCGCCACAUCAAUUUUGAUGUGGUAAAGUGCAUGCUGGUGGCCAGUCCAGGGUUUGUGAAGGACCAGUUUAUGACCCAUCUGUUUAAAGAGGCUGUACGCCAGGACAAUAAGAUUCUACUGGAGAACCGUCCCAAAUUCAUUCUGGUCCACUCGUCAUCAGGUCAUAAAUAUUCACUCAAAGAAAUCCUUUGUGACCCCACUGUGACAAGCCGGCUUUCGGAUACAAAGGCAGCGGGAGAGGUUAAAGCACUCGAGGACUUCUAUAAGAUGCUUCAGCAUGAGCCUGACAGAGCUUUCUAUGGUGUUGCUCAUGUAGAGAAAGCUGCUGAGGCCCUCGCCAUCGACACCCUGCUAAUAAGUGAUAAUCUGUUCAGGCAUCAGGAUGUCCCCACGAGGAGUCGUUACGUCCGGCUGGUAGACAACGUGAGAGACAAUGGUGGCAACGUCAGGAUGUUCUCAAGCCUUCAUGUUUCUGGUGAACAACUGACCCAGCUAAGCGGGGUAGCUGCCAUCUUGCGGUUUCCCAUUCCCGACCUAUCAGAACCAGAAGAUGACAGCAGCUCAGACGAAGAAUGAUCCGCACCCACGGGCCGUGUCUCACUGGGAGGAAACACCGCUGCAGAUAACGUAACACUGAGGUUAUUCUUUGUGUUGUUGAAUAAUAAAACUGCUGCAUUGUAAUGGAGGCUUUCUACCCUGGCGCCUCUUUAAAAUCUAACACACGCUUUUCUGAUGUGGCUAUACUUGCACGUUAUUGGAUGGGACUUUAAAGUGCUCAGAGUUUGGUUUGAAGGUGACGCUGUCUUUCAGAAGUGCAGCUUAAGUGAAACUCAAAAACCAAGAAUUCAUAACAAUGACAAGAAUGUAACUUCAGGUGCCAAAAAUAACAAAAAGAACAGAACAACUUUGUAGUAGCAGAUAAAUCAGUUAUUUCUCUUUUUUUCCAAUGUACAUACAACUUAUGUUUCUUGCUAUUAAACAAACUGAAGCAUGCAAUUACUUCUGUCGUUUACUUUAUCAC